GGGUUGCACUUCUUUUCCAAUGUGUAUUGUAUAAUUUCGGCAUAAUCCGACAUAUUAGUUGGUAGUGCGUGUUCUCAAAGACAACAAUAUUUUAGCUCUUUUAUCCAGAAGAUUAUUUGCUUGACAGGCAGAAUAUAGCCUUGUAGCGACGUGUGAUAUUAGCUAAUUGUCGCUAACGGGUUUUUUUUUUCCCCUAACCGUUUUCUGAGAAGAUCGAUAUGAUUGGCUAGAAUUUCAUUCACAGAAGCCAUCUGCCAAUCACACAGCGUUUCGGAGCACCACCAACCAAUCAUAACACUCGAGGGCGGGAAUUUGUAUGAAUACGGGUAGGAAACAUCGAUAAGCUCAUUCUGGUGGAAACAAUGGGUGGAUGUUCUGCUCCGAACUGCUCCAAUUCUACAAGCAUCGGAAAACAACUUUUCCGUUUUCCAAAAGAUCCGAUUCGGAUGAGAAAAUGGCUGCUAAACUGCCGACGGGACUUCGUGCCGACCCCUUGCUCCAGACUCUGCCAGGAUCAUUUUGAGGAGAGUCAGUUCGAGGAGAUCGCCAGGUCACCAACCGGGGGAAGGAAACUGAAACCCAACGCAGUUCCCACACUGUUCAACGUCCCGAACCCGCCCUCACCCAUCGCCCAGCACACACACUCCACCCUGCCUCUGAAACUUGACCCAGCAGAGAAAGAUUUGAAGGUCGGGGAUCACGGCUACGCUCGGCGUCAGCCCCGGGCCGAGCUCGAGGAAGACGAGCUGCAGAGAGCGGAGGAAGAUCGGCCGUGUUCUCUGUGUCAGCACUAUAAAACCCAGCUGGAGCAGCAGCAGCAGCACACGGCCAGGCUGCAGAGAGAGGUGGAGGAGAUGAAGAAGCGCUUGCACAGGCUGAGCAGGAUGGAAAAAGGCCUGCAGAUGUUCCUAUACGAGGACCAGAUCCGAGCCCUGACCCUGACCAAGCGCUCUCGCCGUGCCGUCUGGUCCCACGACACCGUCUUGACCGCUCGGAAAAUCCGCUGCGCCGUCGGAGUGAAAGGAUACGAGUUCCUGCGAGAGCUCGGCUACCCUCUGCCUUCGUACCGGACCCUGUGUAACCGACUCGAACCCAAAAUGAUGAUGAGCGCGAGCAUGCAGGAGGAUCUGGCAGAACUCGGGCUGGGGAUCAUCACUGCCUGUGAGAGUCCAGACGAGAACGGGACAAGCGACGAAGCACUGAUCGGAAUCAUGACAUAAGACUGGGUUGUUGCUCAAGCGUGUGUGUGUGUGUGUGUGUGUGUGUGUGUGUGUGUGUGUGUGUGUGUGUGUGUGUGUGUGUGUGUGUGUGUUUUCUUUAUUUUAUUUUUUGAUCAAAUAAACUACUAGGAGCAAACCUACUGCAUCUUCUCCA